AUGCUCGCAAGUGUCGGUCGACUGCAGUCGCCGUUGCCCUGGGCGUUGACGGCUGCGCUGUUGCUGGCGUGGUCGGAUCCGCAUCGUCGCUUCCUGCUCGGCGGCGUCAGUGGCGCGGUCGUGCUCAAGGUGCUGCACAUUGCGAUGCGGGGGCUGUGCAACAACCCACUGGAGGGCGUCUACCUGCUCGGUAGUCUGCUCUACGCCUUCGGCAAGACGGUGGUGCAGUACAUGGCUCGGGGUUUCAAACCCAUUUUCCCGCAGUGGACACUGCGCUUCGAGCUGUUCCGCGUCUUCAUUCGCGUGGGCAUGGAAUUGCAUGGUGAGCGCGUGCUCGGAGACGAGAGCUAUGCGGCCAUCGUGCGUGAACAAAGCGAGUGGUUCGGCACCUUUUGGGGUCGCCGGGCUUGUCGUAAGGCUGGAAAACGCUACCAGCCCGUCAAGAUCAACGACCUUGAGCAUAUCUGGCUUCGGUCGCAGGCACCACGGAAGCCCAACACUCAGAGACUCGUGGUGAUGUACGCGCAUGGGGGCGGCUUCGCCAUCAUGAGUCCGAGGCUGUACAUCCACUUCAGCAACGCCCUGUGCACCUUCGUCGAGAAGGAGCUCGUUCGUCAACUCGGCCCCGAGGCUGCGAGCAAAGUGCAUGUGGAAAUCUUCCUGGCCAACUACCGCAAGGUACCCAAGUACAGCUACCCGACCCAGCCACUGGACAUUGUCAAGGUCUACGAACACUUGCUGUACCACGAAAACCUGGACCCCUCCCAAGUUGUGCUGGCCGGUGACAGUGCCGGCGCCGGGCUGAUCAUGUCGGCCAUGCUGAGAGAGCGUCGCAACAAGCCCCACCUCUUACCGCUCUGUGCCGCGCUGGUCUGUCCGUUCGUGGAUUUAGCUGGAGACGAACGUCCGUCGCCCAACUGCAUCCUGACCCAGGAAUGCUGCAACGCCGUGCUCAAGGCCUAUCACCCGGAGCACGACGACCAGAGUAAAUGGGGAGAUGCCUCCUCCGUCCACUGCGACCUGCGCAACCUGCCGCCCGUGUUCCUGCAGACCGGAGACCUCGACAGCAUCCACCAGCACGCGGUGCGCUUGAUGGCCAAGGCCAAGGCGGACGGCGUCACCAACUGGGAGUACGACCUACACGAGACCAUGUCGCACGUGUUCCCCAUUUUCCCGGCCUGGUUCCUGCCGCACGCCGACGUGGCCAUCGAAAGGAUGGCGGCGUUCAUCGUCCGACAAGUGCAGCCGACGCCCAAGACCAGCGGCUUCAGCCCCGCCGCUAUGGCCGCCUAA